AUGAGUGAAAACGAACUUCGUCGGUGGAUGUCUCAGGCAUCAGCGAAUUUGAUCGUCCUUUUAGAUGAAAAAACUGGUGAUGAACUCAUAGACGGACAGCGAGGUGUUGAAGAAUUCCAGUUAACAACAAGACAUCCUCUGAAGAUUAUUUUUGAUGCUUUGGUUACUUACAAUGCUGAGAAACAUUUGCUACCAUCGACUGUCUUCCUUGCCGGAGGAUUUGAAGAAUUUCAGAAGCGCUAUCCGUCUCUUGUUACCAAUACGCCGGUUCCUCAGCAACAACCAACUUCUAUCAGACCAGCAGGUAGGAUUGGCUACCCCAGUAUUCAAGAAUCGACCGAGGCAAAACUGACACCAAACUUGGCAGUCAAGAAGGCUACUGAUGCUGAGCCGGCCGAUGUUCCAAGUGCACAAGAAACCCAAACCUACGAGGAACUCUUGAGACAACUUCAUCAAAAUGCGGCUUUCGGGCAGUUGAUCGAUCAACCAAACCGCGAAAUGACGCCCCUACCCCACCUGUACCAAGUCACCAGGACUACUUCUUUUUUUCCUGUACCAUCACCAGUCAUGCCUCUGCGUCCCUUACGACGAGGUCUUGUAAAUUUGGGGAACAUGUGUUAUAUGAACAGUACCCUGCAGUCCCUGUUGCACGCGCCCCACUUUUGGAGCUUCUUCAUGACCCCGCAGAUCUCUCAACCGUGCAAAUUAGCGCGUUCGCUGUCUAAUCUGGUCGUUGAAAUAAGUGAUCCUCACCAAACUACGCCUUAUAAUCCCAAGGCGUUUAAGGCAGCAUUUGAAAAGUUGCAUCCUACUUUUGCCGGUUUCCAACAACAAGACAGUCACGAAUUUCUUGUACUCCUUUUGGACUCCUUACACGAGGAUUUAAAUAAACCCCAGGACAGCUGCAUUGAGCAGUUCUUUAGUCCAGAACAAUUGUCUGGUGGAAGUUGUUGGAUGUGCCCCCAAUGCAAAGUCCCACGGGAGGCCGUGAAAACGUUUGAUAUCUGGCGUCUCCCUGAAUACCUCAUUAUUCACCUUAAACGGUUGUGCCAUGGCGUCUGUGAAAAGAUUGAGUCCAACGUACGGUAUCCACUGAACCGUCUUGAUUUAUCCAAAUUCACCGGCAAGUUGCCUGCCUCAGAAUGCAUAUACGACCUCUUUGCCAUCACCGUGAGCUAUGUUGCUUUCUGUUUUGACGCGGCUGAUCAGAAAUGGCUAAAAUUCGACGACUCCCAUGUAACGACCAUGUCAAAGAGCGAUGUUCAGGUAGGCUUGUGGUACUGCGCCCAUCAAAUUUUUUGUCUCACUUAG